AAAAAAGGGAAAGCGGCGGGGUGUACUGCAGCGCUGUGGCUGUGGGAUGCAGUUGGUAUGACGAUCUAUACGUGUGUGGUGUCGGCGUGAGAGGGGCAUCGUCAUGGGAAAGCGCAAGAGCCGUAAGAUAGCGCAGGCCAAGGCCAAGCCCAAGCUGGACACACAGUUCGACUGCCCAUUCUGCAACCACCACAAGGUCAUCGAAGUCAGAAUGUGAGCGACAGAUGACGUGACGCACACACAGACAGACAGAAGACACAGAGGGAAGGAAGGCGGACAGGGAGGGAGGGAAGGCUCAUGUGACAUCAGGCACCGCUCUGUGUCUGUGUGCAUCUGUCUGUCUUUCUGGCUGGCUGUUUGUCUGCCUCUGUGUGUGUGUGUGUCUGCGUGUGUGUGUAGAGAUCGCAAGAAGGAGCUCGGCACGCUUCACUGCCGCAUAUGCACCGCCCACUUCGAAAUGCGCAUCAACCGUAACCCUCCGACACAACACACAACACCACACGUCCACAAACACUCCUCCCAGCAUUCCCCUGUUCGUUUGUCUGUGUGUGUGUGUGGCUAUCUAUCAAUCUCUCAGCUCUUCACGAGGGCGUGGACGUGUUCAGCGAGUGGAUAGACCGCUGCCACGAGUCCAACCAGCCCACACGCGAGGACGACCGUGACCGUCCGCAGCAGAGGGACAGGGACAGGGACAGAGAUCGGGACAGGGACAGGGAUAGGGCGAGGGCUGCUGAUGCAUACGACAAUGAGAAUGAGAAUGAUGAGUACGAGGAGGACGAGCCUGAGCGUCCGCGCGACAAGCCCCGCAAUCGGCUGCGGCGGCCGGAGAACCAUGACGAUGAGGAUGAGCACGAGCAGGACGCUGGACACGGCCUGGGGCUCGAUGACGAUGAUGAAUGACUGGCUGAGUGACUGACAUGACAGGGGAGGGAGAGAGGGAGGGGGCAACACACAUAUCUGUGUAGCUGCCUCCCUGGUCUAUGCGGGCGUGGUGUUUGUAAGGAGCCAGGAUACAUGAGUGCCUCUUCGAUUGUGAGCGAGGCGGGCUGUCUGAGGUGAGGCAUGUGCUGAGCGUCUGGGUCGGUUUCUGCGUGUGUCAAACAGGGUGACAUGUUCAGCGCUCGUGUGCAGCGCUUGAGUACUAUUUGUCAAUAUUAAUUGAUGUGUACGUGUGUG